AUGUCUGUGCCAACAACUGACAGUACUGAGGCUAUCACAAAUUCCGGCUAUGGCAGCAGCGAUGAGACGGCCAGCCUUCUCGUCUCAGGGCCAUCAGUCACUGUCAUUUUACCUACAGAAAAUAGGACCGUUAAACCUGUAUUACAAAGACAGGACUGUACCACACAUUUACGACCUCAACUAUCCGGCGGUCCUGGUAGCGAAGAGAGUGCCGCAUCAAUAAGAAUAGAAGAUGGUACCACACGAAGUGUACCAGAUAUAGAAUUACAAUGCCGGGAACCCCCAGAUCGACCACAAACAUUGGUAUCACCAGUUGCCACUUGUUCCCAUCGUGGUUCAGUGCCUUCAUGCCAAUUAGUUCCACAGAAUUACGCGAGAUGUCGUGUAUGUGAGAGGAGGCAAUCCACGGCGCCUAUGUCGGCCUUACAACUAGCGCGGUCUAUGUCACGGGAAAGCGUUCGUUCUGCUGUACACUACCCCUGUGGUUGUAGUUCGUUACACGCUGUCAGUACAUGUCCUGUUAUACAGCCACCGGCGCUUUUACUACCAGCAACUAGUACUAGAAUUAUCCGCCAGAGUUCGCAGCCGGAGUCUAGCGCAUGUGCAGCACACUGUGUCCAUCACACUCACCACCCUAGCGCCUCGUUGCGACAACUAAGAGAACCCGGAGACGGAAUCGCUGGAAUAGCGGCCGACUCUUUACGUAUCAACGGCGGCAUGCGACCCUUCAAACAGGGGCUGCUCCUCUGUCCACAAACCCUGUCGCAGACUCGCCGGGCCCGACUAAGGCGCGCGUUUACUGAAGCCACAGGAGACACGGUCAACUACGUUAGAACGGUGCGCUCG